AGGAGAUUUGACCGAGAUGUCUCGACUAAGUGACGUUUGCUUGGAAUAUAGAUUUAGAAAUAACCAAAAGCUGUUUAAUUCAACAUAAGCCUAUGUUUUACUGUAAUAUAGCAACGAAAGGUUGUAGUUUCACCAUGAAGACCAGCAGGUUUCUUUUACAAAUUCAUCACACUAGAUGUAUCUCAUCUUUACUGAAAAACCAAGUCAAGUCUUCAGCCAUUCAUGCACUUGGCCCAUCAGUGCCACAGAUCUGCCAUGGUCAGGCGCUGAGGUGGUUGCAUUGCGGUUCAACAUUGUGCAGGAGACGAGCGGACAACACAAGCAUUCAAGAAACAUUAGAUCAUGAGACUGACAAAAAGUCCAAGUCUUUGGUCACACAUGAUGAUCUGUUCGAGCGAGCGGCCAAAGACGCAAAGAGCAAAGCCAGUUUUAAUCGAGUGAUCGAAACCUUCAGCAAAAAGGACAUCCGGCGACGCGGCCAUGUGGACUUUAUUUACGCCGCUCUGAAGAAAAUGCCCGAAUUUGGAGUAGAAAGAGACCUUGCUGUCUACAAUAAACUUCUUGAUGUGUUUCCCAAAGAGGUGUUUGUGCCACGGAAUUUCAUCCAGAGAAUGUUUAACCAUUACCCCCGGCAACAAGAAUGUGGUGUGCAGCUGCUGGAGCAAAUGGAAAAUUAUGGAAUCAUGCCCAACGUGGAAACUAAAGUUCUCCUGGUUCAGAUCUUUGGACCUAAGAGUCACCCGAUGAGAAAGUACCAGCGUAUCAUGUACUGGUUCCCAAAAUUCAAGAAUCUAAACCCAUUCCCAGUGCCGUAUGAGCUUCCGCAAGAUCCAGUGGACCUCGCCCGCUUCAGCCUUAAUCGCAUAGCUAAUGACCUGGAUGCUAAAAUUACAGUCUAUCAGCUCCCCUCAACAGACAUCACAGAGACUGGAGAAGAGAUCACAAACUCUCAUAUUGUAGGUAUUCAAGGUCCAGAGCAGCAGUCACGUCUUGCCAAGCACAACCCAAACAGGCCAGUGUUUGUGGAGGGCCCCUUCCCUCUGUGGCUCAGGAAGACUUGUGUCCAUUAUUACUUGCUCAGAGCUGACCCUGUCCCCGCUGAGGAGAAGAUCGAGGAGGAGCUAGAUCCAGAGCUGACCGGUCCAAAUCAGAGCUUCUUUUAUCCCCAGCACAUUGACCUUGACCUUAAAGUAGACUUGGGAGAUGACCACAGCUUUGACGUUGAAGAUGUGGUGGAGGGUGCAGUCUUUGCCAUGUGCAUGACCGGGCAGCAUGAUCAGGCUACCCUGGCAAAGUGGAUCAGUGGGCUGCAGGAGAACAACCCCAUGUUGGGCCAGAUUCCCACCGUGUUCCGGCUGGACUCUGGACUCCGAGAGCUGCAAAGAGCUGAGGAUGUCCGGCAUGACGCUGGACAAAAUCAACACUCAGAACCCGAAUCAGACCACACUGCAGAAGAGGAAGUAGUGCACUCGCAGAGGAUGAAGCAGUGACUGAGAAACAAUGCAUGGACUUGAAUGUUGAGGUAGAUCUGAUCUUGGUUAGUGGGCUUAAAUCAAUUGGAUUAUGACUAUAACACCCAACAUAGAAAUUCUUUCAGUUCAAAAAAGAGCUGCUGUAAGAUGUAGGUCAGACUAUUUUAUAUAGUAAAAAGCUACAUUUAAUGAAGAAAGUGACUAAAGGUACUAGAUUACCAGUUCUAGUACUGACGUCAUCAUCAGCCGAAACUAGUCAAAAUGGAUUGUAACUAAAUUAUCUGUAAUUUAAAAACAACUCCCACAAGUUGUAUUUUAAUAAAUAACUAUAAAUAGAA